AUGGAUAAGAAUAAAAAACUAAAAAAAACAAAGGACUCCAUCCUAAUAAGAAAAAAUGGAAAAUAUUCUGAAAAUGCAGGUGAAAUUGCUCGUUAAAGGUAUAUGGUAUAAGAUAUUAAAUUCAGAUCAAUUUACAUGUUAUUAUUUGAAUGUGGAAUAUUAAUUACCUAUUUGAUAUUUUUAAUUUUGUAUUCUGUUUAAGGUAAAUUCAAAAUGCUUUAUUUAACUUUGCAAAUUGUGAUAGUAAAUAACUGAAUUAAAUAUUAAGGUUUUACUUCAAAUCCUUUGUAGUUGCUUUUCAAUACAUUCUAUGAUAUUUUUCAAAGAAUACAUAAUUACCAAAAGUUCUAACUUGUACUUAAUAUUAGUCAAUCUUGUAGAAGCAUCUUAAUUUACUGUUUGAUGAUUGUUCCAUUUGUAUUCAUGUAUUUAGAAGUUGAAAAAUUUACAAUGCCAAUUAUUUUAUAAACAAUUUUUUUGUCUUGUGAUAUCAUUUUAUGUUGCUUAGAUUAGUAUUUAAUCAGAAUAUUUGUGAUAGACUUUUUAAAGGAAAAGUAACGAUAUAAUUUGAAAGCAGGUAGCAUAAUUAUUUAUUUUUAGCUUUGCACAAUCGCAAAAGUUUUGAGGAUUAAUUAUAAAAAAGCAUAAUGAGUAAGUCAGAUGAUUUCACAUGA